CAGCUUCAUUUCGAAGAGUGUCUUUUCCUUGAUUUUUGUCCGUUACUACUGAAGGUUUGAACCUUUUUCUGUCAAAUCUCCUGCUAUUUUCCUUAUCUUUGAAUUCAUGAUUGUCACAAAAUUCUCAUCGGACUCUGGACACAUUUGCGGCGAGCAAUUCACAAGUCAACCACUAAUCAUCCGGGCCAAGCUUAUCCAAUAUACUCCUGAGACUUUUGAGCAUCACCGUCUACAAAGAUGCACGAGAUUGUGACACUCCAGCUCGGGCAGCGUAGCAAUUAUUUGGCGACGCAUUUCUGGAAUGCUCAGGAAUCCUAUUUUACAUAUGGAGAUGAAGAGCAGUCGCCGAUUGAUCACAAUAUUCACUUCCGACAAGGAAUUGGUGCCGAUGGAUCGGAUACGUUUACUCCGAGAACAGUUAUUUAUGACCUAAAGGGCGGUUUUGGAAGCAUGAGGAAGAUCAACGCCUUAUAUGAGAUGGAAGAUGAGCCUGGUUUACAACAAGGCCUUUGGGAUGGCGGCAAAGCAAUACAGAGGGAUCCAACAAUAGAAAAGAGCGACUACCAGAGAUCUCUGGAUGAGGGCUUGCCGCCUCCGCCACUCACGACUGAGACGGUGCGAUAUUGGUCUGACUUCAAUCGUGUUUUUUAUCAUCCGAGGUCUAUAGUGCAGCUCAAUGAUUACGAGCUGAACUCGAAGCUGAUGCCAUUCGAGAAUUGGGACAUGGGUGAAGAGCUGUUCUCAAGCCUAGACAAGGAACACGACUUACUUGACCGCGAUCUUAGACCAUUCGCCGAGGAAUGUGACCAGCUUCAGGGCUUGCAGCUGAUAACUAGCGCAGAUGAUGCAUGGGGUGGGUUUGCAUCACGAUAUCUCGACAAAAUACGAGAUGAAUAUGGCAAGACCAGCGUCUGGGUAUGGGCAAUUGAAGAUGGAGCAAAAGAUCAGCGAAGCAAACUUCUUCAAAGGAUGACCAACUCGGCGCGAUCUGUACAUGAGAUGGCGACGAUGGCAUCACUCUAUAUUCCCCUUUCAGAUUCACCCGCGUUUGUGCCGGAUUGGAUAAAUUUCAAUCAGGGAUCAAGAUGGCAUACCUCUGCAUUACUUUGCACGGCGCUGGAAUCGAUGACGAUUCCAUCGCGCUUGCGGAAUGGGAAGCUUGAAACAUUUUCUCAGAUUGAAGGGCCGCUUAACGUCAAUGGCAAUCAAAGAAUAGCCAACUUGCGGUUUAGUGUCGACGAUCCUAAAAAGUUAGACGCACACGACACGAGUCUCGGGAGUGGAAUAGCGGCACGGGGUGAAGGAAGAACGGUGAAUCCAACCGGGAAUACGAGCGACUCUGAAGAAGAGGAUGCUGGGGCAAUUAAGGAUCUGGAUAUAGAUCUCCUUCCCUGGGCUGCUGCUCCCGUAUCCCGAACACGCCGGCGGACGAAGAGGCACGUAUUUGGACGAGUGGAGGUAUCUCGAGGCGAGUCAGGUGAUAGCGAAUCCUCUUUGGAACGCGAUGCGGCCUAUAGGGCGCGCCAAAGGCUUGCCGGCCGUCCCAUCACUGAAAGGUUUCAUAGUGGUCUCAAAUUUCCGCUACUCGACAGUUUCCCAAGAAUUUUCAAAAUGUCUUCUUCAGAUGAACAAUCUGUAGGGGUAUAUUCGUCACUCUCCACAGAGUCGUCGGUUGCGGUUCGCAUCGAAGCGUUGCGCGGGAUUGUCGGCAAAAAUGUUGGUCUGGAUGAGAGAGAGACGCUAUCAAAUGGUCUUGAUGAGAUCUGCGAAGCAUAUGAAGAGGGUUGGCACAGUGGCUCGGACGAAGAUGACGACUAAAGCAAGGAUCUGAGGAGCCAAGCGCAGAUCGCAAUUGUGACUGAUGGGUCGUUCUCUGCGUGGACUACUCAUACACUACGAAUACGGAGGUACUCUAGUGUAAUUUUCAAGAAUCAGGGCGAGAAAAUACGUGGGAAAACAACAGCGGCAGUUUAGAGACUGCCCAGGGUCUCAAAUUUUCUCCAUACCAUUGGCUCGCAGAGGUUAGUCAUUUGGGGGGGGGAGGGGCGAUCGCGGACUGAAAGUUGCAAAAAGGGGACCUGUGCCAUGUGGUCCAAUCCCGAGAAGGGCUGUCACCAUGCGGCCGUUUUCCACCUUUUUACGGCGGAUUCAGAGCAG